AUGCUAUUGAUUGUGUCAGCAAUUUAUGUUUGGAUAGCUCAAGCAGAUUGGGUUAUGGUAGACUCAAAUUUUUUGAAAGGAUUUACAUCUAAUAACUAAUGGUAAAUUUAUAAAAAAUGCAACACUUUUGAAUCUGGUGCUAGCUUUUAACAUUAUACUUGCUCAUAAAAUUAAAUUAAAUAUACGCGUCUUAAGAAAGACAAUUAAAGAUUAGAUAAGAGUUUUAGUAUAAAAAGUUACUAAUAAGAAGUAAUAGUUGAUAUAUUUUUUGAUAAUGAUAAUUCAAGCCCUAAUGAUAAAAAAGUUUACUUCACAUUAAACUUAACAUCACCAAAUUAAAUUUUGACGUAGAGAGACUAUUUCAAUUCUGGUUUAACCCAAAACGCUAGAAGAAUAUGCAAUAAUACAGGAUCAACAUAUUUUGAUUUCAUGACAUAUGUCGGUACAUCUAAUGCAUAAUCUAAAGAUAUAUUUAGUAUAUCAAUAGGUAUUGAAGCAGAAGAUGACUGUCAAUAAAUCGGGGUUAGAAAUUUAUUUGUCUACGUCAAAUAUUGUUUACCAACUUGCAAAACUUGUUCAAGUUCGAAUAGUUGUCUAACGUGUUAUUUCGGUACUCUAUAAUCAGAUGGAUCUUGUACUUGUGACCCUUCUCAUUAAUUUGCUUAAACUGGGAUUGGAUGCAGAUAAGAAUGUGAAAGAGAUUACUAUAUAGCAAGAUCAGAUAAUAUUUGUGUUCAAGAUAGAAGAAUUAAAUCAUAUAUUUCAUAUUUUGAAUCUACAACUUUCACUGCUUAUUCACCUUUUUAAUUUAUUUAAGAUAUUGUAAAUCCAAGAAGUUCUCCAUCGUUAAUUUUCACUUGUGCAUCUACUAAUUAUGUAGGAAGUUUAGUUUUUAACGAAGGAAUGAGAUUAUAAUUUGCAAAUUCACAAUCCUUAAAAUUUAUUAGGCUAAGGAUUACAUUUUAUAUAAAGGGCUUUUUAAUUGAUAAUAGAAUAUAAAUAAUAUUGGAUAAUUAAGUAUAAGGGGAAAUUAUCAAGACCUCAUCUAAUUAUAAUUUUAAUAAUGUUAAAAAAAUUUUCAGUGCAAGUAUUACUUGCACUGAUACUUAUGAUCUAAUUAGAAUAGAAGCAAUUCUUCGAACUUACUAUGUUACUCCUAAACUCAUUUUAAAAGGAGUAUAGUUAACAUAAGCAACUUCGACAUGGGGAUUCAGAAAUAUAACAAUUGAUAGUGGUAAUCGUUAAGAAAAUUGUGCAGUAUGUACUGAUUUUUCAACAUGUCAAUAGUGCGAUAUUAAUUAUGUUUUAUUUUAAAAUAGUUGUGUCAGUGCUUGUCCAGUACAUUCUGCUAAUUGCAUCGAUUAUGCAGAUAUGAUACCAAGUAAUUUAAACAAUUAUUUUUAGACUCUCGUUACUUAGCAAAAGGAUUUUAUAAUUUAAAUAUGAGUACUUAAGAUAUAAACAAUUUUUAUGAUGUUGUAAUUUCAACUGGUAGUAAUUUCUUGACAGGAUAAAAAUUUUCAAUAUUUCCCACUAAAUUUGUUCUAGGAGGCGUUAUGGUAUGGAACAAUGCAAUAUAUAAAAAAUCAUGGAGUAUAUCAAAACCUCAUUAUGCUGUUACAAUUAGAUUUAAUGUUACAUAUGGAGAUUAGUAUAAUGGAAAUUUUUAUUAUACAAUUUAAGGAAUAAAAUCAGUAGCUCAUCCAAAACCAUCAUCAGGAGGAUAAAACUUUAUUGGUAAGAAUUUAAAUGAAAUAACAAAAUAUUUUGAAAUUUUCCAGAGUCCAUUCACAUCCUCUUCAUUAGAUAUUGAGUUUCAAUGCACAGAUACAACUGCAGAUCCAAGAGAUUAAUUUUGCGCAAUUUCUGAUUACUUUAUUGUAGUACACUAUGUAAAUAUUUUGAUUUUAUUUUAAGUGUCUCCCAUUUUGUUAAUUUUGCAAUGAUGGGGUCUCUUGUGUUACUUGGGAAUCUGGACACACAAGUUAAAAUUGCAAUACUAAUUAGUUUCUAUAAUUUGAUUCUAAUUCAGAAACUUAUAGUUGUAUUACAUGCAAUUAGCCUGGAUGUUUAACUAGCAAAAAUUUGGAAGAAUGCACUUCUUGUGAUUUUUCAAAAGGGUUGAAUAAUGGUGUAUGUUUAUAAUACAAUAAAUUCUGUGAAACUUGUAAAGGUAGUUUGAAAACAGAUUGUAUAACAUGUGUUUAAGAUUUUCAAAGAUUUAUAUUCAACAAUUAAUGCUAAUGUUUACCAGGCUAUUAUGAUGAUGAUAUUAAUCUACCAUGUCAUCCUGUUUGUGGAGAUCUUUUAGUAGUUGAUGGAGAAGAUUGCGAUGAUGGUAAUAACAAUCCAUUUGAUGGAUGUCAUAAUUGUAAAUUUGGAUGUGAUGCUUUUUGUUAAGAAUGUAUAUAAGGGGUUUGCUAUUUAUGCUAAAAUGAUUUAUAAAUAAUCGAUAAUAAAUGUGUUGGAAUUUGUGGAGAUGAUAUAACAUCUUUUGAUGAGUAAUGUGAUGACGGAAAUAUAAUUUCAUUUGAUGGUUGUUUUGAGUGUUAAUAUUAAUGUUAGGCUGAAUGCACAGAUUGCAAAUUUGGAUUAUGCUAUGAUUGUUCAAUUAAAGGAUGGUAAUUAUUUAAUAAUUAUUGUAUUCCUAUUUGUGGGGAUGGAUAUGUUAUUGAAGGUUUUGAGGAAUGUGAUGAUGGAAAUAUAAUUCCAUUUGAUGGUUGUUUUGAAUGCUAAUUUUAAUGUUAAAUUGGUUGUAUUGAGUGUUAGGAAAAAUAAUGCUUAAAAUGUGAUGAAAAUUAAUAUUAAUUUGAUGUUUAAAAAUCAAAAUGUACUUAAAUUAACAAUGUUGAUAAUGAUUAAGAAAUAGAUAUGUUAACUUUAUAGUUAGAAUAAUUUACUUAAUUAAGAUGUGGAGAUAAUUACUUACUAAUUGAUUAUAUAUGUGUAAAUUAAUGUGGAAAUGGACUGCUAAGUAGUUAAAGUGAAGCAUGUGAUGAUGGUAACAAUGUUGGAGGAGAUGGAUGUUCAGCUUUUUGUCAAAUAGAGGAUAAAUACUAAUGUUUAAAUUAGAAUGGAUCAUUAAGUCAAUGUACAUAUAUCCAAGCUCCUGAAUUAAGCUUGAAUAUUUUUUCAAGUAAUGCCAACUCUAUUUAAGUUGUAGAAUUAACUUUUACUUAAGAAGUUAAAUUAAAUGAAGAUUUAAAACUUGAAGAAUUUAUGCUAUUUAAUAUUCUUCCUCAAACACAAUAUAAAUUGUCUAUUAAAAUCAUUUCAAAUAUUACUAUCAAUCUAAAUAAUCCUAAAUUUGAAAUUGAAAUCGAAUUUAUAGAACCAAUCUAAAAUCCUGUUCUUUAAGUUGAUAUAUAGAAAGAUACA